AUGUGUAUCCGUGACAAGAAGGCAAAAAGCCCUGGCCCCUCUCACAUUCCUUUCCGUGACCUUUGGAAGAAGAUUUGGAACGCCCCAACUCAUACAAGAAUCAAGCAUUUUUUAUGGAGGCUGGCCAACAAUAUAUUGCCCACGAAACUAAGAUUGAGGCAAAAAGGAAUUGAGCUUGAGGAGACCUGCUACCUCUGUCAAAGAGAGGCAGAGUCGGCUUUUCACUUGUUUUCACAAUGUGACUUUACUAGACGUGUGUUUUUUGCCUCUGUCUUAGGUUACCACUUCUCUGAGAUUGAUGAUCUUAAUGAUUGGCUGCUAGCGAUGCUGUCAAACAACAAUGUUUGUUUUGUGCAGGUGACUUGUUAUCUCCUCCACCAUAUUUGGAAAGCUUGCAAUCUUAAGCUAUAUGAGCAGAAAAGAUGUGAUCCAGUCAGAGUGGCAAUGGAUGCUUGGGAUGCAGUCAUGGAGAUCAAUUUACACACUCCCACAAGAGCCAAAGAUGCUGGCCAUGCACGUAUCAACACUAUUAGUGCACCUGCUGAUGAGUUUCACACAGUUAGAGUUGAUGCUGGGCUUGGAGAGAAUGAUGUUAUGACCUUUGGGUGUGUGAUCAUGGAUCAAAACAAAAUUCCAAUAGUGUCUCUGUGCAAACGGGAGAACUGCAUAUCCAACCCUGGACUUGCUGAAUGCCUUGCCUUGAGAUGGAGCAUAGAAACAGCUGCCAAGCUUAACAUCCAUAAGGUGAUAUUCCAUUCGGAUGCAAAGGCAAUGGUGGAUUGUGUGAAUGGAGUAACCAAGGAUGCAAGCUUUGAGAUGGUUGCCGAGGAUUUCCGUAUUCUUAUGAAAUCUUUUAGUAAUUCUUGUAUUAUGUUUAUCCCUAGGAAGUUUAAUUAUCAAGCUCAUGAUCUAGCUCAGCUAGCAAAAUCUAUGGGUUAA